CGCGUCCUACCGCGUCUCUUAUCGCGUCCUAACUGUUGAACUAACGCGCUUGCGCUGUCUACUUGACCUUCAUCCCAUUCCAUCGCAACAAGCCUUUACACUUCUCAUUAUGCCACACAGCACGAUGGACGAUCAGGCCAAGGCGGCCUAUGAAAACCAAUCACUGCAACUGCGUGCCAAGCUUAAACAAUGGGAAGCAGACUGGGCGACCGAGCAUGGCGGGAAGAAGCCGGGGCGCGACGACAUCAAGCGCAAUCCAGACAUUGCCCAGAAAUAUAAACAGUACAACAAACUCCGUGACAUACUCGCCGGCAAGAUCCCGCCUCCUCCAUCGGAUCCAGCCGAAGCCACUCACGGCCGCCAGCAGCGCAAACGGACGCAUCCCGAGGCCGCUCUGCCGCCUCCACACACCCCCUCCAAAAGACCUAAAACGGCGCAGACACCACGCAAAGCCCAGUCUUCUCUGCCCGAGCAUAUGUCCCAUGGAGCUCAGACACCUUCAGCAGCCACUGCGAUGCUCACGCCGUCUCUGAACCGGACAGCCGAGACCCCGGUCGCAGCGGUGCCAACGUCCAUCAGCCCAACCCCUCAGAAAGAUGGACACGUCCUCGGACUCUUCGACCUCCUCGGCCGCACCCCGUCAAGGUCCACGGCAGCAGACAAUACCCUCGCAAGCCCCGUCACUGACGCCGACGCUGCGGUUCCGGCCGCUACACCGAGCAAGCAGCGCACAACCAGCGACAUCCUCCCGCAAGCCAUGACGACCAUGACCCCUACGACCACCCGUUUUGCCUCCACGCCCAUGUCCAAGCGCACCGUCCAACUCUUCCAGACAAGAACAACACCCCUCCAGGAGCGCCACGACAAGGGCAAUGUCAGAACCCCGUUCAAAACCCCCUCCUCCAAACGUAUUUCAAAAUUACGCUCCACGCCCACAAGCGCCACGCCCUCCUUCCUCCGCCGGCGCACCGCGGUGAGCUCAGCCGCAGCCCUUUCUGGGGUAGCCGAGGAGGACGAAGGGGACGACGAGGAGUCAUGGAAGAAGAUCGGCCCGCUGCGGCUUCCGCGCAAGCUGGGGUUGGCCAGGACCCUGAGCAGCGUUGUGGCCGGGCUGCGGAAGAUGGAGGAGGAGGCUUUUGAGGAUGAGGAAGAGGCCCUGCGGGAGAUCGAAGGCGGGAUUUCGGCUGCUACGACGAAGAAGGACACAUCGGAGGCUGGAGACGGGCAGGUUAAAAGGCUGAAAGAUCAAAAGGAACUGGCUGAGGAGCAGCCCGUUGGGUUGCUGUCCGGUUUUGACGACGAGGGAUUCUACGACAGCGCGGGUGAAGAGAGGAAGCAGCAGCAACCGCUGCGCCAAUUCAAGAAACGCGGGCAGAAACGCACCACGCGCUUGGUCAACAUGCGCCCGACACGGGCGAAGCGGCCGCCAGCCCAGAAUCAUACCGGAGCUGACGAGGAGGAAGAUGAAGAAGGCGAUGACAUCGUUCCGGAGACGCAGCGCCACGCUUCCAACCCCACACCAGCAGCAGAGGGCGAUGGUGAUGACCUGCGUCUUUCAGACGCUGCCCCCUCUGACGCCGAAUUUGACGGCACUAGAUCAGAAGACGACGAAGAUCAGGUACGGCAACAGCGGAAGACAAAGCAGAACAAAGCCAAAGCCAAAGCCGCCACAACCGAACCCAGCCAGGAGAAGAAGAGUGAAGGCGUAGUUAAGCGUGCGGUGCGCAAGGUCAAGGCCACGGCGCACGCAAACUUCAAGCGGCUCAAACUGAGGAACUCCGGGGCCAAGGGCGGGCCGGCGCAUAACAGUCGGUUCAGAAGGAAGCGGUGAUUGAGUGGCUAACAAUACUACCAUUAUGACGAUCACGAGCUAAGGGAGCGGAGUAUAUUGGCGUUGCAUGGGCUACACAUUUACAACUUAGAGGAGCAUAUCUAUGGUUGUGUAUUCGGGAUAUGGAAUUGCAUUGCGUAGCAUCGGGCAUGGCUACUAUGUUCGGUGGAGGGCAUCGUUGUUUGGGGAGGGAUAUCAUUGGGACUGGCUGUAUUUGCAUGCUAGCAUACUGCUGGAGUAGCUUGUAGUUUGCACGUGGUAUGAAUCCGCUGGGUAGUAGAAUAGGAUCUUCCAGGUCAAUUAUACCGUUACCAUAUGGAUGUUGGUG